GUAGACCAGGGCAUAAUGCCACCUCUAAAGAGCCCAGCAGCAUUCCAUGAGCAGAUACGUAGCCUGGAGAGAGCCCGGACUGAGAACUUCCUGAAGCACAAGAUUCGCAGCCGACCAGAGAGAUCUGAGCUGGUCAGAAUGCACAUCCUCAAGGAGACUGGGGCAGAGCCCUCCUUGCAGGCCACCCAGAUGAAGCUGAAAAAGGCCAAGCUGGCUGACGACCUGAAUGAGAAGCUGGCUCAGCGCCCCGGUCCCAUGGAACUGGUAGAAAAGAACAUUCUGCCUGUAGAACCCAGCAUCAAGGAGGCCAUCAUUGUAAACUACCCCAAAGCACUGGACGCCUACGGGUUUGAGGAGGACAGCGGGGAUGCCCCGUCUCCAGAGCAACCGGCCAGCCACGAGUCCCAGGCCGCCGCACCCUCCCCUGGGGAACCCCGAGCCCUGGAGACCCCCUGUCCACCACCGCUGCCCACCAUAACCAACAACCAUACCAUCCUACAGCCCUUCCCUGUUGUCACCCAGGCAACAGCAGACUUUCUCAAAGCUCUCUCCACCAAUGAGCCACCAGUUAGUCGCCCAGCUCCAGCACCUCAGCCAAUCACCACUGUUGCUUCUCAAAAGCCAGGGCCCACCCUAGUGAAACAGAGCCAGCCCAGGCAGCCCGGGGAGAGGAAUCGCAGUAAGAAGGGCAAGGAGCCCAAGCCCCGGAUCAAGAAGUUAAAGUACCACCAGUACGUCCCCCAGGACCAGAAACAGGAGGCCAGCGAAGCCCCCAUGGACUCAUCCUACGCCAAGAUCCUCCACCAGCAGCAGCUCUUCCUCCAGCUGCAGAUCCUCCACCAGCAGCAGCAGCACUAUAACUACCACACCAUCCUCCCAGCACCCUUAAAGCCUGUAGCUGAGGGUCAGAGCAGCGCUGUGAACGGUCUGCCAACCUCUAUAGUGGUGUCCCUGCCGCCUGCCGUCACUGUCCCGCCUCCCACCCCUGUCCGCCCAAACAGCCUAUCCAACCGCAAGCCUGGCCACCUGCCCCCCAACCUGGAGGACAUGAAGGUGGCCGAGUUGAAACUGGAGCUGAAGUGGCGAAGCCUCCCUGUGUCAGGGACCAAGACUGAUCUCAUUGAGAGGCUGAAGCCUUACCAGGAGAGCCCCAGCACCCCAGCUCUGACCCCCGGCCCGAACACCCUUCCAUCCUCAGUCCCCACGGAGGUCAGCUCAUCCCCCGCACUUUUCCUAGCUGCCCAUCAGUUGGCACCAGAGAGCAUGAGCUCCACACCCCCAGUAUCCCCAAUCCCCACUUACCUCUCCACCUUUAAAGACAACAGAGGGGUGUCCGAUCUAUUUUUCGACCCCCAGAGGGUUAGUCCCGGUCGUGCAGGCGUGGGGAUGUCCCCCCUGAGGCCGGGUGUCCCGGAGGAGAAUGACCCGCGGCUCCAUGAGAAGGAGCGUCAGAUCAAGGAGCUGAUGAGGAAGCUGGAGCAGGAGCAGAGGCUAGUGGAGGAGCUGAAGAUGCAGCUGGAGGUGGAGAAGACCCAGCUUCUACAGGGACCCUCCACAGACCCUGUCCCCAUGAUCCAGACCUCCAACAAGGUCAAACUGGAAGACAGAGUCCUCCCUAACUGCUCAGCCAUGGUUACUGCAAACAUGGCUCCCCAGACUCACCCUCACUCUCUUUCCACUGUGGUGAAGCUGGAGGAUGUGCUCUGCAACUCCCAGCCCCCGCACCAGCCCUACCUCACCCCCACCCUGCCCCAGUUCUUCAUCAGCCACCAGGGGACAGUGUCCCAGGUUGUAGGUCAGCCUGGCACCCAGACCCUGCUUGCAGCCCAGGAUAGCACUACUCAGAUCCUCCUGCCUGUCCUCCAGGCUACGAUAUCAAAUCAAGCCCCAGGCCUGAUCCAGGCCUCAGUGCCCCAGGUACACACCACCAAGAUGGAGACUCGGCAAGCCUCAACUCAACAGCAGAUACUUAAUCAUAACCACCUGCUGCAGACUUUCACAGCGUGCAACGACCCUGGCUCUGGGAUGGUGGAGAACCAGACAGGGCCUGACAUGCAUCCCCAGUGUUUCCUGAGAAGCUCCCCAGAUAACAGGCUCUCUCCCCGGGGGGCUUCACCCAACCCCAUCCUCUCCAAUGGGCCUGUCAACAAGUCCCCCUCUCCGUCUCCAUCCCAGCCCAGCUUCAUCCUCCAACCCUCCUCCCUCGUGACCCAGCCCCCCAUGACCAGGGAGCCCCCUCGCUACGAGGAUGCAGUCAUACAGACACGCAACCUGAAGCAGGCUAACAACCUCACACAGGUUUCCACGGCAAAUAGUCAGCAGAUGGACGACCUAUUUGACAUCCUGAUUCAGAGUGGAGAGAUCACUCCUUUCAUCCAGCAGCCGGACCUUCUGUCUCUCAGCACCAAGACUGUUCCUGUCACAGCCAACAUCACUACCCUCCCUGUCAACACCGCCCUGUCCAGGCCUCCUCCACAGAUCCAGGUAGCUCCCCCUCCCAUCUCGCCCGUCGACCCCCUCCAUCUCCCAAACCUGGCCUCCAUGACCUCAGACAAGCUGUUAGAGGCCUUCCUUGAGGGAACCCUGAACGAUCUGUCCCCAACCACGGACCCCCGCACCCUGGGUCUGAUCGAGGAUCUGCAGUCCCAGCUUCUGGAUCAACCCUACUCCCCCAUGGACACCUCGGAGCUGUCCUUCUGCGACUCCAUGUCUCCCCCCUCCUCCCUCAACAUGGGCAUGUCUGACACAGCCCUGGACAACAUGGAGUGGCUGGACCUAACCAUGCCGCCCGGCCCCGCGGUGGGGCUUACGCCACUGGGGAUUCCUUCAGACGUCCUGGAUACACAUGACCUACAGCUGCACUGGGACUGAUGGAGAGAUGGAUGAGGACAAGGAUGGAGGGGAAAGGAGGAAAUGGAUAGAGGGACCGAGAGAAGAGGAGGAUAGCAGUGGUUGAGGAAAUGAAAAAGGAUAGAGGCACUCAACAUAAUAAAUCCGGACUUGGUUAGUCAGGUUAUAGUCCUGGUGCAUUUUAAAACUUUAUUUUUUAAUACAAAAUUGUCUUGUUUAUUUUUUGCUACCAUGUCCUAGGAUUGGCCAGCCGGUGAUGGGGGCAUUGGGUGUUGCUUAAUAGAGUAGUGGGGCCAGAGCCAAAUGAACAAGGAUGCAGACAUUGUGGAAAUAUCCUGUAAAUGAUGGAGAUAUUUCAAUCAGAAUAAGGUUAGAUGUUCCCUCAGCCCUCCUGGAGUUUUCAUUGGGUUGAACUCCUGACAACUCCUGACAGUCAGCAUGUACGGUGGUCAGCUUGCCUUGCGGUGAACACGUGGAUGUGUUAACUUAGCAUGCGUUUCACAUCAGUCAUAUUACAGGGUCUUCAUCUACAGCCAUUUCUCUGUGGACGCAUGCUGUUUGGUUAUUACAGAUCUGUUGUACACAAGCCACGACAGACAGCAUAACUGACAGAUGUAAACCAGACAGAGUACAAGGCUGUGUUUAACACUGGUCUUUUAUUGCAACAUACCUAUAUUUGGGGUUUCUGACCCUUCUGAUACAUAUUGUAUUGGUUGAGACAGUUGGACUAUUUUAAGCAAUGAACUGAACUGACGACGAGAACAAAAUCACUCCUAUUGGACAAGGAGGAGUAGUCUCCUCCCACUAUGAGCUAUGCACUAAGGAGGCGGGCCUUACAUCGCCUUCAUCUCACAAGGAAAUGUGAAUCACAGAUAAUGAUUUUGUAGAUUUAAUGGUUUAUUGAAACAAUGUUGAUCCACUUGUUGGUUAUCUCAGUGUACUAGCGCCUUCAGUUCAAGUCUAAGUUGAUCCAUCUGAAUGUAAAUGGAGACUUUACAUUGUUGGCAGCUUUAUCUUCUGAAAGACAACUGAUGUGUCAGUGGAGAGGGACCAAAUAUGGUAUCACACAGGUACACUACAUACAGGUUAAUGUGUGUACUUACUGUAUGCUAGCCUGGUUCCAUCUCUGUUUGUGCUCUUGCAAACUCUGUUACUCAUUGUCAAGCCAGAUAUGUUUGGCAUAGCAAUGAGUGACAAGAAGGUGGCAUGAUAGCCUGAGUGCCAGUCUUUUUGUGCCAACUGUAUUCUUCCGUGUUUGACAUGUUUUAAUGUGGCUGCAUGACCUCUGGAGAACAGAGGUGUUAUACUUUUCUGUCUGUCCUGAAUUCUGUCUGUCAACUCUCUACACUUUGUCUCUGUGUGUCAGUGGUUCUGUCUCUGUGUGAGAAAGUAUGCAUGUGUCUAGAGCUGGGCGAAAUGGCCUAAAACCAGGGGCGCAACUUUGGUUUUAGAAGUGGGGGGGACAUAAUAAUUACUAGUAUUAUUACAUUUUUUUAUCCAGUCGAAUAAUCACAUUCAAAUGAUAAAACGGAGGGACAAAAAUGCAAUUUCAGAAUGUGGGGUAGACAUGUCUCCCCCAUCCCCAGUGAAAGUUGCGCCCCUGCCUAAAAAUCAUUUCUAUUAUUUUUCAAACUUAUGGCCCAAUAUAUAUCAAAACACAUUUUUAUGUUUUCUCUAAGCUUUGUUAUACAAUUAAAGGUCAAAUACACUACAUUUAAAACAGUUACCAAUAGUCUAAUCAAUUCAGAGGUUGGUAAAUUAUACAGAGGCUGAAUAUAUGCCUUCCACAAACAUGAGACCCACUAAUAUUUACAUUAUUUUCUCAAAAUAGUUGUACUUGCUUUUUAUUGCAAUUAUCACUGAUCUGGAUUUCAGGUCUGUCUAUAAAAAGGCCCUUUUUGUUACAAAUUUAACCAUAACCAUGCAUAAUGCACAUUCACUAAUCAUGUAGCAGACAUUAUAGAAAAUGAACACAGGUCUCAUAAACAAUCUCUCAAGCACAAGCCCACGUGCUCGUGAGUAGUCAGCGAAUAUUUAUAUUUCAAGUUUAGCCAACUUAGAUCUAGUUAUAAUUUGACAAGUUCUGAAUUCAGCUAACAAGUCAAAACCGUUGUAAUUGUUAUAAACACAACCUGUCCGUCUCCAACUGUUUGAACAGCAUAGUAGCCUGUCCACUUUUUUCAGAUGUUGAAAUCAUGUGGCCUACCUUAUUUUGCAGAAUGAGAAUGAGUUGCCAAAUCCUUAUAUAAUUGUUUCAUGUGUAUUGCAUAUUUAUAAAACACAGACUAAACAGCUAGUAUAGCAGUCUUUAUUUGACUAAAAUGCUGCUAGCGAUACCGUAAUGCAUGCGACAAACUGAGCAUUCAUUUUCCAGAAUGAAUGUUCAUUGUUACAUCUGUUUUAGAAGUGUCUUCUCUGCACAAAAUUUGAAGAGUUGAAAUGGUUCGAAAGGUUUACAACUUCUCUAUUACAGUAAAAUAGUAUCUCCAUGUGUUUCGGUGUCCAUAUGACUGAUUUAUGUUGGACCAAACCUCAAAUGCAAAUAACGAGUUGAAACCAUAUGACAGAGAGGAAGAAGUGAUAUCUCAUCGUUGUUGUUGUGAGUGGUGGCGGGAGGUCCUUGGGAGAAAGAGGUGAAGCGAGAGGCUUCACUCUCGCCAAAAUCUAUCCAAAAUAAGCCCAAUGCAUUUCUAUGCUCUUAUUUUGAACCUGAGCUUGCCGCCUGCCUUCCCGCUUUUGCGACAACGACUCCCAUUGUUAGGGCUGAGACGUGAUGAUCUCUUCAUUAUAUACAGAUCUCUGGUGUAAAUGGGAAGGACCGAACGAGACGAGAUCAAAAAGACAACAUGAGAACAAGCGGACAUAAAUGCUCAUAAAAAUGAAAAAAAAAAAAACUUGAUUUAACUCGAAUUAAUGUUAAAAACAUGAAUUCGAUAUAUCGCCCAGCCCUACAUGUCUGUCUAUAAGUAAGAGUCCCUUAUGUCUGUGUGUCUGCAUGUGUGUCAGGGUGUCUUCUUGAAUGCACGUUUUAAUAAGUGUCUGAUAUCUGGCUAUAUUUGUCUCUGUCGCUGAGUUGGCUGCAACUCAUUUGAGUCCUCUUCAUUUCUAUGAAGUUGGACGUUCAUCAGACAGCACGAUCUUUGCCAAGUGAGCACAUUUUACAGGCUGAGUUUUUAAAAGGUUUGGCUCACAGAACAGCUUUUCUCUGACUGUUCCAUCUGUCCUGUUUGGUUAUAUGUUCAAAACGCAUACAGACACCCCCAGUGGUGUGCCCAGCAUACAGGGUAAACUACAAGGGACUACGCCGUAGCUUCUGGCAUAGCUACCAUUUUGUGGAUGAAUUCUACCAUGAAGAAGAUGAUUAUAUGUAUGAUACAUUGAAACUAGGGUUGUGUAGUUCUUCUACCUGGCAUAUCAUGCCAAACGAGUUACUAAUAUUCAGUAUCUCAAUCCAAAUAUUAUUCUGAUCAAUAUUGUAUAGAAUUAAUACGGUUGUACUGUACAGCACUUUAGAAUACCAUGGCUUUUAUUUUUCUGUCAUUGUUCGAGCAAUCAUUCUUAUCCAACAAGUCAAACACUAAUAAUCACCUGUGUCCAGGUAAUAAUGCCAAAUACUGUACACACGGUCUCUGACCAUUGGGAACCAAAUAUUCCUAACUGUGGUUUAGAGCUAGUAAGGAAUUAUUUGUUUUUCAAUUGUUCAAUUGUUGCCUAACAUCAGUUAAUAUCUACUGUUGACCAACAAAAAUGAUCGUAUUUCUAAAAUGUUUACAAAAUCAUAUUAUUUUUCCUGUAUAUACGCAAGAGGAAUAUUACUGUAAAGAUUACUGGCCAAUUGUGCGCCGCCCUAUGGGACUCCUGAUCACGGCCGGUUGUGACACAGCCUGGGAACGAACCAGGGUCUGUAGUGACGCCUCUAGCACUGAGAUGCAGUGCCUUAGACCAGUUGGUGCAUUUUUUUAUUUUGUCAGUACUUUAGAACGAGAUGUCAUAGGACAGCAGAUUCGUCUUCAGCACUUGUCAUAUCAACAUGUUGAUCAUUGCAAGCAAAUAUUGAUUUGUCCUACCUAAUUCUGUGUUUUCUGUACUGUACUGUCUCGCAUUCAACCGUUGUUCUUUGUCUGAAUUGUUGUAACUAGUAAGACAUCUGCCAAGUCUCUCAUCCUCUGUAUGCCAUACAUACAUACAUUUUGCACAUUGUGUACAUAUUUAUAUAGAUGUCAUGCAUAUUUUUAUACAUGUGUAGCACAGCCAUGUGCUAUUUUGUAAAUAAUAUGAGAAAAUAUGUAUAUAUAUGUACUGUAUGCUUUUA